GGCGCGGAACAGCCGGAAGUAGUUCUGCCCCCACGCGAGAAGCAAUCGUUCCACUUACGGAGGAAGUCGAAACGCGAGGACUGCAAUUUGGCUGAACAUUGGCAAUCAUGAGUUUGUUAACCAAGCCCAAGUCAGAAAUGAGCCCAGAAGAGCUCCAGAAACGUGAAGAGGAGGAAUUCAACACAGGUCCCCUGUCUGUGCUAACCCAGUCAGUCAAGAACAACACACAAGUCCUCAUUAACUGUCGCAACAACAAAAAGUUGCUUGGGAGAGUCAAAGCUUUUGACAGGCAUUGCAACAUGGUCUUAGAGAAUGUGAAGGAGAUGUGGACUGAAGUUCCCAAGAGUGGCAAAGGAAAGAAAAAGUCUAAACCAGUGAAUAAGGAUCGCUACAUCUCUAAAAUGUUUCUCAGAGGGGACUCUGUUAUUGUUGUACUGAGAAAUCCUCUCAUCACAGGCAAGUGAACUUAAUGGCAUCCUGUGGAUUGUCCCAGGGUCUGUCUCUAUCCCUUUUUUUUUCCAUGGAAACUUUUGUUGUUUUUGUUUAUUGUUUCCUACUUGUAAGACACAAUGUCCAAAGAAAAUAGGGCUUUGAUUUAUCUACAGAAGGCUUCUGUAUUUUGCAUUUUAAUAAAAAAAAAAAAAAAAAUGGCUGUCAUCGUAGCUCCAA